AUGGGCAUGGUUUUUGGAAAGAUAAGAGUGGAAACCCCAAUAUACAAAGUGCUUCAAUCAACAAUCGACUAUGAAAUCCGGCAAUAUCCACCUUCAGUGAUAGCCCAAUUAACCUACCAUCCAUCGCAGAUGAAGGGCGACAAAGACGGCGGCUUUACUGUUCUGGCCAAUUACAUAGGCGCCUUUGGAAACCCACAGAACACCAAGCCUGAAAAAAUCGCCAUGACAGCUCCAGUCAUAACCAAAAGCUCAGCUGAAAAAAUUGCCAUGACGGCUCCAGUUGUGACAAAGACUGGUGGUGCUGAAGAUGAGAAGAAGAUGGUGACAAUGGAGUUUCUGUUGCCUUCUAAGUAUGGGAAGGCAGAGGAGGCUCCUAGGCCUGUGGAUGAGAGGGUGGUGAUUAGGGAAGAGGGUGAGAGGAAAUAUGGGGUGGUGACUUUUCGGGGUGUGGCUACAGAUGAGGUGGUGGAAGAGAAGGUGGAGAAGCUGAAGCAGAGCUUAGAGAGAGAUGGGUAUAAGAUUAUAGGGGAGUUUUUGCUGGCUAGAUAUAACCCUCCUUGGACUUUGCCUCCAUUCAGGACCAAUGAGGUUAUGAUCCCAAUUGAGUAG